AUGAACUCUGCGUUUUUGAAAGCCGCCAAACGCUUCUCCUCUUCGCAAUCAUCGGUAAGACCCGGAAAAGUUGCGACUAAAGAGCAAAUAUGAUCCGAUUUUCAGAUGAUGCUGGCCAAUCUCACCUUCGGCAACAUGAAAUCGCAGGGCACGCCGUUGAUCCUGGUGCCCGGACUGUUUGGCACCAAGGAGAACUGGAUUCGAGUGGGCAAAGAGCUCAGCAAGCGGCUCGGAUGCAUGGUGUUCGCCGUCGAAAACCGCAAUCACGGCGGAUCCUCGAUGGCCGCCUCGAUGAGCUAUCCGGAAAUGGCCGACGACCUCGUCGGAUUCAUCGAUUGGGUUCGCAAAGUCACCGGCGAGGAGCAGGUCAACCUGCACGGACACUCGAUGGGCGGAAAGACGGUCACCCAGUUGGCGACGACGCCCGAGUACGCGCCGCGCAUCAAGAAUCUCAUUGUCGAGGACAUGUCGCCGCUCGGAUAUCCGCUCAAGAGAGCUGGUGAGUGGGAGCGGGACACACGGUCUCCAGAGCUGACAAUUGAGCGAUACAUUGGCGCGAAAUUCAAAUCUUAACAGCAAAUUUUGUGUUUUUUGCCAGAUUAGCCACGAAAAACCGAUAAUUUCUCGUUUGUCUCUCGAGAAAACCGAUUAUAUAGGCUAUUACAAAUUUUUUAAGCGCAAGAGCGUUAAAUUUGGUCAAGUCGCAAAUCAGAUUUAUUCGUUUGAAGGUUUUUCGCUAAAACUGCGUGAAUUUCAGUUGCUUUUCGGUAGUUUUCGCGGUUGGAGCGCUCAAAAUGCUUGUAUUUACGUGAUUUAUCGAUCUCAAAACCAAUUCUGUCGGAAAACGGUCGAGAAAGCGCAAUAGGAGAAGUGCUGUUUUGAGGGGGCGAUCGGCGACGAAGGCGAAAAAGCAAAGUCGGCGAAAAAUGCGCCAAAACGUCAUUAAUUCUGAGAAUUAGUGUGUUUUCAUGUCGAACAUGCAUUUUUCAUCGUCGUUGACGACAAAAAUCAGAGAAAACGUGCUCAAUUCAUGAAAACGCUAUUUGGCCGCCGAGGCCACGCCCAUAUUGUCAGCUCUGGAGACCGUGGGACACCGAAUCCAAAAAGAUGAUGUUUCACGACGAUUCAUAGCAGACGUUCACUUCCAGAAUACCUCGACUGCAUCAAGCACAUGAUCAAGACGGACAUGAACAAGAGCCGCGACGAGGUGAUGGCGGAGCUCGGCGAGAAGGUCUCCAAAGUGUUGCUCUACCAGUUCGUGCGCGGCAACCUCGGCGAAGACGCGAACGGAAAAGCGGUGUGGACGUGCAACCUGAACGUCAUCGACGAUACGUACAUCUACCUGCUGAGCCACAACAUUCGUUUCGGCGUGUUCGACGGUCCGACGCUCUUCCAGCGCGCGUCCGGAAGUGGAUUCCUGCCGGCCGGCCACAAGCAGGUCAUCGAGAAAAUGUUCCCCAACGUAAGAAACGUCGUGUGUUCUAGAAAGUGCUGAUGAGCUUCUUCUUUUUUAGGUGCAAUUCGCGGAGACCGCCUGGUCAAACCACUGGAUCCACGCCGACGAUCCGACGUUCUUCGUCGACUCGAUCUGUCAGUUCCUGGAAGAGCCGGAGGAGUUGGAGCUUCACAGUUUCGCCUAA